GCAACAUUCUUCAUAAACGUAUGUGCUGAGUAAGGUGUGAAGCAGAAUGGAUUUACAUGAAACCAUCCUUGUAUCAUGGGGGUUUGACUAUGAGGAUGUGAGUGUAUACAGUAGGCAAGGGGGAAAUUCAGCACCAUGGACAGCAUUGCCAGGACCAGGAGAAACUUCAACAACCUGCUCCUCACUGAAACUUGGACAGCACCAGGAUCAGUUCGUCAACAGAGUACCUAUUUUACAUGACGUGAUGAGAUCUGUGCACGUGUUUCCAUGCUGGCAGGUACUAUGUCAAGACAAAAUUAGUGAAAAUGAAUGGUGCACCUGCACUGCAGCAUCACACUUAAACCUUCUGACUUGAGAACACAAUUCAACCAAUAAGGCAUUGAUUGGUAUAUUUAGAAAACGUAAAAGUCUGUCAGUAGCCUAAGUGUGACUUGACGUAAGCGAUUAAUGUGUCAGAAUAAGUGCCUACUCCAUUGUUGCUGCAAAACAUUGUUAAAACAGGUCAGAAACACAUUAUUGCUUUCGUCAGAAUAAUUUAUCAUUAUGAUAAAUUUGGCUUUUGUACUUUAUAGUGAAACAACUUUAAGAAGUGACAGCGGACAGUGGUUGCUUUCUUGAUAUGCUUCUGUGCUGAUACCAUCCCUAUAUUAGCUGGUAUUAGGCCUACGUUUUCCAAAUACUAAUGUUGCCUUCAAAUCACAGAGCUUUAGCAUUCAUCUGCAACACGGCAUGACAUCAAGUACAAUGCAGAAUGGCGGAAGCUGUCUUUAUAAGGAAGAAUUACACUCUGCUGCCCCCUACUGUCCAAACCCUGCAAGCAUUUACCUCUGGCCAGUAGAACCUCGUCCGUGGAGGCAAAUGCAUCAAAUGGAACCUGUAACUGUUCCGUUUCAGCACAAAUUUAGGCUAGCCUACUGAAAAUACCCUUGAUCAAAAGAACAAGUAAAUUUGGAAAAAGUAUAUUGGCCAUUUUUGUGGUGAAAAUUUUCUGAUUCUGAAUGUGAAAAUAUAUUUGUAUUUUAUAAUUUUUUCUCAUGAUUUGAAUUAAUGGCUUCCUGGUUGGUCUCUAAGUAGGGGCAGGAAAAUAUCAGACAGUAGGCUAUUGAGUUGAAGAAAAUCAAUGUAGGUUCUGGCUUCACCAGGAUAUGGCAGUUUGUGGUUUAAGAACUCACUAGCCUCUGAGGCAGAGACACUGGUAUGGCUUCCACCCCUCACCACAACUCUCUGUGAAUGCUUCUGCCACCGCUUCUCCCCUUUAUCCUUUUGUUAUUAAAGAGAAGUAUGGCUGCUUUUCCCACCACAACUACCUCUCGCCUUGUCUGUACCAUGCCUUCAAAGUCCUGCACUGCACGACACACAUAAACACACACGCACGCACACACACACACACACACACACACACACACACACAAACACACACACACACACACACACACACACACACACACACACACACACACACACACACCAACAUACUCACGCACAUAUACACAUAUGCACACAUACACACACACACACACAUGCACCACCAUGCAUACACACAUAUGCGCGGACACACACACACACAGACACACACAUGCACCCAUAUAAAUAUACACCCGCACACACACACUCACACACACACAUGCAAAAUGCAGAUAUGCACACACACACACACACAUAUUAAACUAUAAUACGAACUGCGGUGCCAAAGUGAAGUUAUUCUGAAAGUAAACUAUUUCAAACUUUAUGAAGACUUCCACAUGAUUGCACUAAUAAAAUAACAACUGGAUUAUUAUUAUUAUUUGACCUUUAUUAAGCAGGAUGGCCAGUUCAGAACAAAUUCUCAUGUACAAUGAUGACCUGAAAAGGUCAUCACACAUGAAAGAAAAAUGGAAAUAACGACACCAGUCUUCUUUUGUCGCACUGAGAGUGUUUAUUAGCGGAUGCUUGCGCAACUGUUGUGCACCCAACAAUUUGCCUCAUUAAACAGCCAAUCAAAUCUGCCCCUGACAUGUGCCCUCCUACUGUUCAGUGAAUGAAGAGAAAUUAUUAUCUCAAGCCCUCCUUUUAUCUGUACAGUUUGAGUUUUACAGUGCAGAGGACAAACAGGGUCUCAGGCAGAGGAGAGUCUCCAGAAGAGGAGAAUUCAGAUACAGUGAUGCCACCACUCUGUGCUGUUCUUGUGCUUUUCAGCAAAGUCUAUGGUCUGCUUGGGAAGAACAUAGUUCAGCCUGAUGUGCUGAUGACAGCUCAGCUUGGAGACACUGUGACUCUCCCAUGUUUCCAUGCUAAAGAUGAUGUGCACUGGUACGGCUGGUUAAAACAACCUCUUGGACAGAAGCCUGAGCAAUUAGCGAAGAUAUUGAAUUCUGAACCUAAAGUUAUAUUUUUAAAUGAGUUUAAAAACAGUAAACGCCUCAGUGCUAAAGCAGCAAACGGGAGCUUUAACCUGACUGUGUCACAAGUAGAGCCCUCGGAUUCCGCCACAUACUACUGCACUCUUAUGCUCUUCAACGAAAUCAGCUUUGGAAAUGGAACUACUUUAAUGGUGACGGAUUCAGAGUCAUACAGCAGGACAGUAGUACUGCAGCAGCCCGAGUCUGAGUCAGUGCAGUCAGGAGACUCUGUGACUCUGCAGUGUACAGUACACACUGAGACCUGUGCAGGAGAACACAGUGUGUACUGGUUCAGACAGGGCUCAGGAGAGUCCCCUCCAGGAAUCAUUUACACCCAUGGAAACAGGAGUGAUGAGUGCCAGAGGAGCUCUGGGGCUGUGUCUCCCACACAGAACUGUGUCUACAACUUCCCCAAGAGGAACCUCAGCCCCUCUGAUGCUGGGACUUACUACUGUGCUGUGGCCAUCUGUGGGGAGAUCCUGUUUGGGAAUGGAACCAAGCUGGAUGUUGAGGGGGUCGUGAGCUUCUUUGCCUGGCUGUCCAUCCUGAGGACCGGCGUUCUCGUUUUCGCUGUGCCGAUAUUUUUUGUCGUCUGCCGAGGACAAGCUGAGUGCAGAACGUCGGCUGCUGCAUUCGUGCUUACACAGGGCACAGCUGCAAGCGGAUGAUCUUGUUUUUGGUGCAUACUGCAUUUUAUCUGUUUUAACGCACGGGUAAUAAAGUCGGGUCAGGCUGUCUGCUGUUUUCGUUUCCACCGUUUGCCUUGUGCACCUCUGCGCAGUAACAGUUACUGUGUUAAAUCAAUUCCAAUGCUGAUGGAGUAAUAUUGACCCUAUUUGGACUCAUUUACACAGCUUUACAUAAUAAUAAUAAUAAUAAUAAUAAUAAUAAUAAUAAUAAUAAUAAUAAUAAUAAUAAUACAUUGUUGUUGUUGUUGCUGUUAUUAUUAAUUAAUUCUCUUUUUUUCCCCUUUGCAAAUCAUAAUCUGAAGCAAUACAUACUGUAAUCGCUUCUUGUGUAAUGUCUAUCACCAUAUACUUAUACUGGAGAAUAUUCAUUGUUUCAACUCCUUCAUUCAAAAACUUGCAAAAUAAAUCAUUAGUUUGAAGAAAAUGCAUUGAUUUGGCUUCAUGAGUAAAAAUAAAAAUAAAUGAACUCCAAGGAAUAAGACUUCCCUCAGCGUACAUGACAACAAGCGGCUGAUUGCCCAGUUAUGAGGGUGUUCGGCAUUCUGGAUUUUGAAAUUAAUCUGAAAAAAUGAUAAUACCAUUCGAAGCAGUAGCAGUAAAAAGCAAAACUGCAAAUAUGCAAUCCUCAAAGACAAAUAUGUCCCCAAAAGCAUUUCAUCUCUGAUAUUGGAACCAUACUUUGUUUCAUCUCAAAUGUUGAUUUUUGUUCUGGCACCAGGGGUUUCCAUUCCAAAAAUCAACUGUAAGCAGAAUGAAAUUGUAUUUUGUUUAGCCUGUUUGUUUGACGAAGCCUUUUCCAAAGUUUCUGUUUUAAUGAUUAUUUAUUAAUGAAUAUUUCUGUUAUAACGGUUAUGAUGGGUUUAAGAUGCCAUAAAACAUAUUCCCCUGAGACCUUGCAGAAAUUUUUUUCUAUUAAUAUUUAUUUAACAUUUUUUAAUGCCCCUAGUGUAGGAUUCAGCAUGCUGUAAUGUAUGUUUUUGACUAGAAACUUACAAUAUAUUUCCUACGGGGGACCAGAAACUUACUGUAUGUCCCCCACAGGGAACAAAAUUUGGGACAAAAAUGAAUUGCUUAGGAGCUCUUAUAUCCUCGUACAAUAGGUCUUAGGAGGAUAUAAGACUUUCUAAAUGUUCAAGGGGGGGAGGGGGAAUGAAACAUUAUGCAGGUAGAACAAAAUUUGUCUGCCACAUUUUUUUGUAAUGUAACUUCGAACCUUUUGUAGACAGUAGCUUGUGACGCAUCCACGCCUGCCUCCUGAAGAGUUUUUCUGAUAUAUCGGUCAGGUGCUUGGGGGUUUUUCUUCAUUACAAUCAACCUGGCCCUUUGCAAUUAUUGCUUCUGAUGAUGUUCCAGACAUUUGAUUUUGGUAAGCCAAAGGUUUGCCUAUGUCUCUGGCUGGUUCAUCUUAUUUAUCAGCCUCAUAAUGACUUCUAUCAGUUUUCACUGGCACGACGCUGGUCGUCAUGUUGACAGA